AUGCCGUUGGAAGUAUGCAAUUUGGAUAAGCCGUUUAGGAGAUAUCACGUUUGUACUGAAGACUGGUCCACAGCCGGCCGAACGCACUCGGCCGGACAGGAAGGGAAUUGGCUUCGCUCGGCCUUCACCAGGACCGACCGGCGCCGACUUGGCCGUGCUCGACCACACAUUACCAGCACCAGCCGACCAGCGUCGAUCCGGGAAGCAAUGGACCGCGCUCGACCCAUUCAUCACGAUCCGGCCCAGAUCAUCACAUCACGGCCGGCCGACCCCGACGGCCGACCACAUCCCUUGCACGGUCGACCCGAUGUCCGCGAACAAGAAGCCCACUUAUGCAGUUUUGACUUUCUCAGCCCAUUUAACCUAAACCGACUUGUGAAGACCUAG